AUGAGGAGUGCUCUGCAGGCUGUGGCCCUCUGGGGAAGAAAAGCUCCUCCCCACAGCAUCACGGCUAUCAUGAUCACAGAUGACCAGCGAACCAUAGUGACUGGAAGUCAAGAGGGUCAACUCUGCUUCUGGAGCCUCUCGCCUGAACUGAAGAUUUCUGCUAAAGAACUUCUCUUUGGUCAUUCUGCUUCGGUGACAUGUUUGGCAAGAGCAAGAGACUUCUCCAAACAACCCUAUGUCGUGAGUGCUGCUGAGAAUGGGGAGAUGUGCCUGUGGGAUGUGAGCAGUGGCCAGUGUGUGGAGAAGACCACCCUUCCUUACAGGCACACUGCCAUCUGCUACUACCACUGCUCCUUCCGGAUGACUGGCGAGGGCUGGCUGCUGUGCUGUGGGGAGUAUCAAGACGUUCUCGUCCUCGAUGCUGGGACUCUGGCUGUCCUGCACACCUUUUCCUCUUCGCAGUCUCCCGAUUGGAUGAAAUGCAUGUGCAUUGUUCACUCUGUGAGGAUUCAAGAAGAUUCUCUCUUGGUUGUAUCGGUAACCGGUGAGCUCAAAGUGUGGGACCUCUCUUCGUCCAUCAACAGCAUUCAGGAGAAGCAAGAUGUCUAUGAAAAAGAAUCCAAGUUUCUUGACUCCUUCAACUGUCAGACAAUACGCUUUUGCACGUACACAGAGAGACUCCUGUUGGUGGUGUUUUCUAAGUGUUGGAAGAUUUAUGACUAUUGUGACUUUUCCCUUCUGUGGACUGAAGUUAGUAGAGACGGGCAAUUCUUUGCUGGGGGAGAGGUGCUGGCUGCCCACAGGAUCCUUGUUUGGACAGAAGACGGUCACAGUUAUAUCUAUCAGCUGUUGAACAGUGGGCUUUCCAAAUGCACGUGCCCCGCCGACGGAGGCGUCCUGAAGGGGACCGUCUACCCUCACUUACUCUGCUCCACUUCUGUGGAGGAAAAUAAGAGCCUGCAUUUCGUCAUGGGCUACAUGAAUGAACGGAAAGAACCUUUUUACAAGGUACUUUUCUCUGGAGAAGUCUCAGGAAGAAUCACGUUGUGGCAUAUCCCAGAUGUUCCUAUAUCUAAGUUUGAUGGUUCUCCUAGAGAAAUACCAAUAACUACCACCUGGACUCUUCAGGAUAACUUUGAUAAGCAUCAAAUGGUGUCACAGAGCAUCGCAGACCAUUUCUCUGGGUCCAGAGAUGAGGUGGGAGAGACAGCCACCAUCACCUCAUCAGAGUACGUUCCAAAUCUUGAUAAACUCAUCUGUGGCUGUGAGGAUGGGACCAUUUUCAUAACUAAGGCUCUGAAUGCUGCCAAAGCUGGACUUCUAGAAGGGGGCUCUUUAUUGAAAGAUUCCCCGUGCCAUACCCUUCUCAGAGGUCAUCGCCACAGUGUGACUUCAUUACUUUACCCUCACAGUCUUGCUUCAAAAUUAGACCAAAGUUGGAUGGUGUCUGGAGAUCGGGGCUCCUAUGUGAUCCUGUGGGAUAUUUUUACUGAGGAAAUUCUGCACACAUUCUUUUUGGAAGCUGGUCCAGUAACAAGACUUUUGAUGUCACCAGAGAACUUGAAACGAAGCGAUGGUCAGAUCCUCUGCUGUGUGUGUGGUGACCAUUCUGUUGCUCUCCUUCACCUGGAAGGGAGACGGUGCCUCCUGCGUGCCCGGAAGCACCUUUUCCCUGUGAGGACGAUCAGAUGGCACCCAGUCGAGAACUUCCUCAUUGUUGGUUGUACAGAUGACUCUGUCUACAUCUGGGAAAUUGAAACAGGCACAUUGGAAAGGCAUGAGACAGGAGAAAGAGCAAGGAUUAUUCUCAACUGCGGCGAUGAUGCGCAGCUUGUCAGAUCUGAGCCCACGCUGUCAGUGGUCUCAGAGACCCACAAGCACAAAAGUGUAGAGCAGAAGCCAUCCAACUCCCACCUGCCUGGGCCAGUGCCCUGCCCUGGUCUGCAGCUGGAGUCCUCAUGUCAGGUUGCUGAUGCCUCAUCAGUCCCAAGACCUUUUAAUGUCUUGCCUGUGAAAACAAAAUGGAGUCACGUUGGCUUCCAUGUUCUCCUGUUUGAUCUGGAAAAUCUUGUUGAACUACUGCUGCCCACUCCCCUAAGUGAUGUUGACCCUUCUGGCUCAUUCUAUGGAAGUGACAUCUUGAGGAGAGCCAAGAGCACAGUAGAGAAGAAGACGCUGACAAUAAGAAGAAACAAAGCAUCAUGUACCUCUCUCCAGGCAGAGGCACAAACCAAGUCCAGUGGAGAGACCCUGGUUCCUGGAGACAGCACCUGUAAAUUCUCAGAGGAGAGCAAUGGCAUUAAAAGACAAAAGAAAAUGAAGAGUUCCAAAAAGACACAUCCUAAGCCAUCCAGGAAGGUUGAUGCCAGCCUCACAAUAGACAUGGCGAAAUUGUUUCUGUCUUGCAUUUUGCCGUGGGGAGUGGAUAAAGAGUUAGACAGCCUCUGUACCAGGCAUCUCAGCAUCUUAAAGCUGCAGGGCCCUGUGUCUUUGGGACUCGCCUCCAAUGAAGACCUCUUCUCACUGAUGCUGCCCGGGUGGGAUGCAUGCAGUACUGAAAUGAAGGAGUACUCCGGAGUAAAUCUGUGCUCCAGAAAAGUGUUGGACUUGUCAAAUAAAUAUACAACCGCUCUUCUGAACCAGACUGGAAUUCCCAGAAGCCUGGAAAAUCACUGUGAUGCUUUGCAACAAUCCGAUGCUAUAGUGUAUUUACUGAGCAGACUCUUUUUAGUUAAUAAGUUAGUUAAUAUGCCUUUGGAUUUAGCCUGUGAAACUGACAGACCCUUCAAAAUGGAGUCUGUACAGAAUAAGGUGAGAUUCCCUGGAAGUGACAUCUUGAAUCUGUCAAGCUUCUAUGGUCACCUAAAAAAUGGUAGACAUGAGUGUCACACACCUGAGGCUGACCUUUCUCUUUUGAAGCUAAUCUCCUGCUGGAGGGACCAAUCUGUACAGGUAACUGAAGCAAUACAAGCCGCCCUCUUGGCUGAAGUUCAGCAGCACAUGAAGAGUCUGAGAGACACACCAGUCAGGAGCCAACCGGAUCCAGUGGCCGAGCACAGCAUUUGUGAGAGGAUGCAGAUCUCAGCCAAGAUGGAGCGGGCUGGGGCUGAAGAAUUAGAGCUACAGUGUGUGGGAAAGUCUUCACCUCUGAAAAGUUGGAGCAUGAAAUUACUGAAUGGACUUUCAGAAGCCUACAAUGUUUAUAUCAGAAUCGAAACUUUCCUAGAUGCCAUUAUCCUGCACAUUUACGGAUCGGAAGAUUUUAGGAAUUUAACAAUGUUUGUGCUUGUGGCGCUAGCUUGCAAUCUCCGGAUCAAACGAAAUCGAGCUUCAGUCAGUUCGGUCAAGCACGGCAAUGACUUGAACUCGGCAAACUUCCAAGAUACAGAGGACAUUCUUGACAGAUGUGUCUUGGAAGAGUCGGAGAGUGCAGGUCAGCCAAGACAUCGUCCAUGGAUAGCGAAGGUGUGCUCCUGCAGGAUGUGCUAGAUGGAUGGAGUCCCGAAAAAGGAAUUCAAUCUGAAUGAACAGAGAUGCACAAGCACACGAUCUCUUUACCAUCAAAUAAAAGCAACCUUGUCAUUGGUCUGUAGCAGAUUCGCUAAUAUCUCAGCCAAAGUCUAUUAAAAAUGUUACCACUGAUUGAGGAUAUCCAAAUCCUAAUUCAAAGCAAUGGUUGUCUAAGCGAGUCUCCUUCCUCCUCCUUAUUUUCUGUCAAUAUUUGCAACAAAGAACGCCAGCCCACAGGCAUAGAUUUAACACCAUUUCAGAUCUUCAUCUUCUCGGCUUCUGAAUUGCAAGAGCCAAAGGAAUUCACAAGACUCUCAAUUCAGGGUUGCUUCAAGGUAUUUAACCCAAAGCGUUACCGAUUUUUGCCAUGUUGAGUUAGGACAUAUUGUUCUAGUGGGUGCUUCGACUCAGACCAGGCCUUGCACAUCUCAUCCUUAAACAUGAAAUGUCCUUUAGUCAAUCUUUGACACCCAGGAUCUAGCCUCGUGAGGUCCAAUCAGCGUGGAACUCUAAUGACACAAUGGCGAAUGUCUUUAAUUAAAUCUUAUUAGCCUCAUAGACCUGACCUGGGGGGAGGGGAUCCCACUUACAACACAGCAGGGCUCACUCUUUUGUUAGUAUAAACAUCCGCAGUUCUUUUCCCAGAGAGAAGCUGGGCUAGCAGGAAUUCUAAAACUAAAAUAUGCAAAGCAGCAUCCACAG